AUGGCUCCAAUACCAGAGUUAGAGGAUGAUGGUUCACUUCAUGAUUCGGAGAGAGACGUUUCUAUGAAGGAAACACCUGCUCCUACAAGAAAGAAAAACCAAAGCCACAAGAGAAAGAGUACAGAUGAUGAAGCUGUAGAGGAUGCUAAAAAGAGAAAAUCAAACCCUACGGAAGAGGAACAAACAAUAUUGGAAGAGGAAACUUUUAGAACGGAUACACCUUUCCAAUCUCCUGAUGUUAGGAGAAAAUCAACAGGAUUAAGAACUAAACCACAACAACUUAAUCAACAAGUAUUCGUAAAUCGCAAACAUAAAAGUGUGCCUAGUAAUGUUUUGGAUGCAAACACAUCCUAUCAAACCCCUAAGAAAACUAAUAUUGAAGCUGAAGUUCCCCCAUCCAUUUCAACAUUCAUUCCAGAGAAACAAUUCGCUAUUUCAAGAAAUAAGGCAUCUAAAACGGGCACUUACACUAUUUUAGCAUCUCUAGUAGCUAUUAUUUCUAUUGUAUAUUUAAUAUACGUUCAAUAUGUAACAUUAGAUAUUCCUAAAACUAACGUAACUGAAGAAAGUAACUUAUCCAAUAAUACUCAAAACUCUGCUCCAAUAAUUAAGUACUUUUAUGUAACUAACAAUGUUACUAGUAAUGUAAAUCACUCUGAAAUCUUUGAAAAAUUAAUUGAAAAACAUUCAAAACAAUUCAAAAAUAAUAUGCUAGAUUUAAUUGAUACUAGAUUGUAUGAAUUAGAAAGAAAGCUCAAUAAUAAUAUUAGAAGUUCAAUCUCAAGCUCAUCUGUUUCAGUGAAGAAGGAACAACAAAAAGAAUUGGAAAAAUUGAAAGAAUCUCUUUUAUCUAAAAUAUCAACAGAAGUUGACAUUAUUUUAAGUCAAAAACUCAAAUCCAUUAAUGAUAUCAACGAACAAUCAAUCAGCGAAAUCAAAGGAAGACUAGAUACUAUCAUACCAGGUGUUAAGAAUUUGAUUGAUGAAUCUCUUGAUAAAUAUGAUGCUGACAAGAUUGGUUUGACAGAUUAUGCACUCAGUAGUCUUGGUUCAAAGAUUGUUGAACAUUCUCCAACUUAUUCACCAUCAAAGUUUUGGCCUCAACUCUUUGUUCCUGUAAAGACACCCGACAUGAUAAUCAAACCAGAUACAACUAUUGGUAAUUGUUGGCCUAUGAAAGGAUCUAGUGGUUUUGUUGUUAUUGAAAUAGCUCAUUCUAUUAUUCCAACCUCUUUUUCAAUUGAUCACGUUCCAAAAGCUCUUUCUCCAAAUAUUUCAUCUGCUCCUAAACAAAUUUCAGUCUUUGGAUAUGAAAAUGAAACUACCUUAACUAAGCUGUCUGCAUUUGAGUAUGAUGUUCAUGGCUCUCCUACCCAAACCUUCCCAGUAAAUGAAAGUACAAAUAAGAAAUAUAACAAAUUCAGAUUCCAAAUCAGUGGUAACUAUGGAAAUAGUUUUUAUACAUGCAUUUACAGAUUCAGAAUUCAUGGUGACUCACAAGCUAUGAUUGAUAAAACUUUUGCUGAUGGCUUGAUAAGAGUUUUGGAGCCUCUAACAACAGAAUAUGAUUCAAAAGUGAAGGAUAUUCAAAUCAGUCAAACUAAAUUAGCUGAAGAAAUAGAUAGACUUGCAAAGAAAUUAGAUUCAUGUAAAGAGGAAGCACAAUUCGUUAACGUUGCUCCAUACCUUCAAAAAUUAGCAAAUUCAAGAAAACGUGUAAUUAAUAUAUCAACAACUCUAGGACACAUAUCCGAUAGAUUAUCAAGAUUGAACAAAUUAGCAAAACAAAAAUAUCCAGAACUCGAACAACUUCGCCAACAACGUGAACGAUUAAAACAACAGGGAUCAUCGGGUAAACUUGUUGUCCAGCAACAAUCUUCAUCGUCUUCUGAAGUAGUGCCUGCAACAAGUACCACUACUCCAUCUUCUACCACCGAGCAACAAUCAUCAUCCACAACAACACCAACCGAACAAACACCACCAGAACAAUCCAGCACAACUCUGUCAAAUGAAGAUGAAACAACCAAAUCAACUCCAUCAACUUCCGAAGAAGCACAAGAUACUAAUACCAACAUUACAACUUCCUCUGCAACAACAGAAAACCCUGUUGAAGCUGUUGAUCAGCAAUAA